AUGGCGGAGGGUGUCAGGGCGUGGACUGGGCCUGCGCUGGCGUGCGGGGUGCUGGGGGAGAAGGCUGUGGGGCUGAGCCGGGCUGGGAUGUGGCCGAAGGCUUGGGAUUGGGAUGGAGUUCGAGGGAGUUCGGAGGAAAAAACGAUGAGAAACUGCUGUGCUUUCAACAGUACUCUUUUUAAACCGGGAAUCAGAUUUGAGUCCAUGCAGCUUGUAGUUAAAUCACAACUGCGGCAUGAGUCUGUAACGCACUGCUAUAUUUUGGUUACUAAUUGUACAUCCUGGGGGUAUAAAUACAGCGCUGGCGUUUCUAGUAACAUGAUGACAGAACAGUGGAUUGAAGUGGGAGGCAGCGGUGAUGUUGCUAAAUUCAUCAUCUGUGACGAUGAUACAAUCCAUGAAGGCAGCCCACUGGGGGAACUUCAUCGCUGUGUCCGAGAUGGUGUGAAAAUCAAUGUUCAUAUCCGCACUUUCAAAGGGCUUCGUGGAGUCUGCACAGGGUUUUUGGUUGCAUUUGACAAGUUCUGGAAUAUGGCCCUGACAGACGUGGAUGAGACAUACAGGAAACCAGUAAUGGGCAAAGCUUUCUACGCAGAACCUCAGCUCACACUAACCCGGCUUUUUGACAGACUCAAACUGCAGGAGUCCUCAGUAAAGAAGGGAGCUGACUCAAAGACUGUCUCAGAGGAGCUAGCCCUGACAAGUGACUCUCAGACGCUUGGAUGGAAAGCUGGAUCAGGACGAGGGAGAGCAGAAGAUGAGCGCGAGAGACAGAAACGCUUGGGCAGAGCUGGAGAAAAGAAGAUCCCAGGUGACAGUUUGCAUCUGGCUGCCAGAGGUGAAGCUGAUGUGGGUAGCGGGACUGCCCACAUGGAGGGUGCCAGUGCUGGUGGUACCCGUGCAAGAAGCCAGUCACGGAGAAAAAGACGGCCCAAAGUGGAUUAUCAACAGGUGUUCACACGUCACAUAAACCAGAUUUUCAUUCGAGGAGAGAAUGUCUUGCUUGUCCAUUUAGCACAUUGA